AAUCCCUAUACAAUACAGCUCCAUUAACUAGGAUUUCUCAGCACUUGGCAUUGUUGUUACAUUACUAGUAUUACUUGGUAUUUUCAGAAACGUUUCUUCUCUCCUGAUUUCUUAAAUGGCUUCUUCACUCAAAACUGUCUUUCCAUGUUUUGCCCUUGUCUUCUUCCUCUUCUCUUUGUCUGAAGCCAGAGAGUUUCUGGUUGGCGGCAAAGGAGGUUCUUGGAAGAUCCCUUCUUAUCCUGAUGAAUACAACAAAUGGGCUGAAAAAAAUCGCUUCCAAAUUGGAGACUAUCUCGUAUUGGAGUACGAUAAAAACAGCGAUUCAGUGUUAGAGGUGGUGGAGUCAGACUACAACGGCUGUAGCAGAGGGAACCCUGUUAAAGAAUUCCAUGAUGGGAACACCAAGAUUCAGCUGGAUCGAUCAGGGCCAUUCUACUUCAUCAGUGGAGCUGAUGGACACUGUGAGAAAGGGGAGAAGCUGAUCGUUCGAGUCCUGGCUGCUAAUCAUACUUCAGCAGGGAGCCACUCUCCUGCCCCGGCUCCUUCUCCAUCAACCUUGCAACAUGCUCCGGCUCCUGCUGCGGCCACCGGUGCUGGUCAUGCCCUCAAGCUUGGAUUCAUGGGAUGGCUUGCUUUGAUAGCUGCAAGUUUGAUAUUUGUGUUUGCAAUGGCUUAGUGAUCAUGAUGGAAUUUGGGUCGUUUGUGGUUGUGUUUAGGACCAUGCAUCAUGUUGACUAUGGUACUCUUUUCUUGAUUUGUUUUCGUUUUAGGUUGUUUUAGGGCAAACUUUGUUUCAGUCGUUUGAUUUCUGAUGUAUGAUAAUGAAUAUUGCGGUUGUCUUCUCUUUU